CAUUCAGCAUCGAAAGCAUCUCAAGCUACAAUCAAUCAUUAAAUAUGCAGUCUAACAAAAUCUUAUAUCUGUUCUUCGGUGUCCUGGCUGUUGUGAUCGCUGCAAGUCUGUCCGCGGAGGCUGUGAACGAGGUAAACGAUGUGAUCAGCGACCGUCGUUUCCGCUGGGAAUUUUCGGAAGAUUCCGAUGAGUCUGAUGAUGAUUUGCAAGACGAUGACGAUAAUGGCGAUCAAGAUGGUAGCGAUGGCAAAUCAGGCGAAUUUGAAACAUGGCAGAUCGAGGAUUAUAUACCAGAAUCCAAUGAAACUAAGAAGAGCGCUUCCAAUGAACCUUAAACAAUAUCUCAUAUAUCUUUCAAUAAUUGUUUUUAUAAAUAGUAUUU